ACCGCAGGGCUGGGUUUGAUAGGAUCUGGAUCUGGAUUUCGACACUAUUUCUUACAGAAAUAUGGACUGGGUCUGCGAAUUACGAGCCAGCUUCUUGAUGAUGUAGCUUGACCGCUUUGGCAAUCCUGCAGGCAAGAUUUCGGUAGCCUCACCGCUUAUGAGUGUCUACCUCUGCCUUCGUAUCCUCGCCAUAUGCUCGAGACUUUGAAGCAGACAACCACACUGCUGCUACUCCACGAAGAUAGCCACACCAGAACAGUUGCUUCCUUCUCCACCCCUUUCCCAGACAAUGGGAUCUGACAAAGAGACGGAUUGAAAGAGAAGUACACGAGAAAAGGUACGGAGACACCAGAAUCAGCCGACGCGCCGGACGCCGCCCCGGCAUUCGGGCGUUGACGCUGAACCAGCGGGGGAGACCGGCACCCAACGGCCCAGACCAGGCCCCAUCGCCCCAUAAAUCCCUUCCGGUACAUCGUACAUCCCCACUAUGAUCCCGCAGUGGGUUCCGCCGCCAGGGCGCUGGUUUGUACCCAGGGUACCUCAGCUACCACGGGCGGGUGGUGCGACUUUCUCUCCGGCAACACAAUCAGACCACCAUCAGUCGGUUUCUCAGCCCGUCGACCGCGGCCACCAAGACGCGCCAGAAAUCGACUCACGUCGCUCGUCUCGGCGCAUAAUGACGCAUGACGCCCCGUUGUCCGCAGGGACCCGGAUGAUGAACGGGCCUGAUUGUUCAAAUAUCGCUGGGCAUCCCUCUGAGGAUAGUUGAGGAGAGAGCCAUUCAGCUCCCGAGCAUUGGCAAACACACGAAAGAAACGGCGACGCGAGGUGUUUUGGAACAAGACACCAGCGACGAUAGCGAUCUCGACAAUCUCGACGAGCUCACUCAUAAGAACACUACCACGUCAAUUGGAUCAUCGUCAGCCGCCAGCCAACCGCCAAAAUGGGUCUCGUGAGGCACAUGAGCCAUGUCGACCGCGAGGAGCUGUACACCAACCUCGAGGCGCGCAUCCGCUACCUCCACAGCUUUCUCGACUUCAGCAGCAAGGACAUCGAGGCCCUUGUCUCAGGCGCCAAGUACGUCAAGGCGCUGAUCCCCGCCGUCGUCAACAUCGUCUACCACAAGCUGCUGCAGUACGACAUCACCGCACGCGCCUUCACCACCCGCUCCACGAGCUUCGAGGGCCCCAUGGACGAGGUCCCCGACGACAACUCGCCCCAGAUCCUGCACCGCAAGAUGUUCCUGCGCGCCUACCUGGCCAAGUUGUGCUCCGACCCGAGCAAGAUGGAGUUCUGGGAGUACCUCGACAAGGUUGGCAUGAUGCACGUCGGCCUCGGUCGCAAGCACCCGCUACACAUUGAGUACAUCCACCUUGGCACCUGCCUCUCCUUCAUUCAGGACAUCAUGACCGAGGCCAUCCUCUCGCACCCGCGCCUGACGAUGCAGCGCAAGAUCGCCCUCGUCAAGGCCCUCGGCAAGGUCAUCUGGAUACAAAACGACCUCAUGGCCAAGUGGCACGUCCGUGACGGCGCCGAGUUCGCCCGCGGCGGCGGCGGCGGCGGCGGCGAUGACGACGAGGGGCCCGAGAUCGAGGAGGAAGGGUACCUCCACGGACGCAAGAUCCUCGAGAGCGAGUCCGACGAGGAGAACGCCGUCGGCGGGCCCAGGUCGCCGUCGAGGUUACCGAGGCCGAAUAGUGCCGGCGGCGGCGGUGGGGUGUGUCCGUUUACAGGCAUCGUUGCCGGCGUGGAGGGGUUGAAGGUCGGCGGGGCGAAGGAGGAGAGAGCGCCAAGGAUGGACGCUUCAACGUAGGAGAGGCGCGCUCGAUGUUUUUCUUCUCUUAUUCUUCUUUUUCUCUGCAUUAUUGUGACGCAUGGCUGGAUGGCGUUUGGCGGGAUGGGUUUAUACAGCAUGAGAAUUCGGCUCAGCAUCAUGACUUGUGGUUCUGCUUCUCCUCGCUCGCCGUGAUCAUAUGUAGUAGAAUGACACAGAGAUGUAUCAUUGGCUAUAAACCGCUCUCCUAUUAGCUCUGUAGCAUGUUUCCGCUGAUUAGGCGUUAUCCAGAGUGUUCUUUCAAACGCCUCUUGGGAACGCGUCGGAAGUCGCCAAGUAAC